AUGGCGGAUUCCGAGCUCGCCCCGCUCUCCUCACAGCUCCCGGCAGCCGGUCACAGAGCAGCACACGGAACCACAGAGCCUCCCUGCAGCAUGGCGGACCGGAAGUGCCCGCCCCAUUCUGUCAGGCUGAGAAUCACUUUGCACGGUCCAAUGCAGCCACUCGCCCCCAAAUCAAUUCUUCAGUUUCCAGAGACAGAACUGGGAGAAUAUUCGCUAGCUGCCUAUAGCAUUUCAUUUCUAAAGCAGCUUAUUGCUGGCAAGCUCCAGGAAUCUGUUCCAGACCCGGAGCUGAUUGAUCUGAUCUACUGCGGUCGGAAGCUAAAAGAUGACCAGACCCUUGACUUCUAUGGUAUUCAGCCUGGGUCCACAGUCCAUGUUCUCCUCAAAUCUUGGCCCGAGCCUGAUCAGAAACCUGAACCUGUGGACAAAGUGGCUGCCCUGAGGGAGUUCCGGGUGCUGCACAGUGCCCUGCAGAGCAGCUGGUCCUACAGAGAGGCGGUCUUUAAGAUGCUCAGCAAUAACGAGUCUCUGGAUCAGAUCAUUGUGGCCACUCCAGGCCUCAGCAGUGAUACCAUUGCUCUAGGGGUUCUCCAGGACAAGGACCUCUUCUCUGUCUUUGCUGAUCCCAACAUGCUGGAUACAUUGGUGCCUGCUCACCCAGCCCUGGUCAAUGCCAUCAUCCUGGUUCUGCACUCGGUAGCAGGCAGCACCCCAAUGCCAGGAGCUGACUCCUCUUCCCGAAGCAUGCCCUCCAGCUCGUACCGGGAUAUGCCAGGUGGCUUCCUGUUUGACGGGCUCUCGGAUGAUGAGGACGACUUUCACCCAAGCACCCGGUCUACGCCCUCUAGCAGUACACCCAGCUCCCGCCCGGCCUCCCUGGGGUACAGUGGAGCUGCUGGGCCCCGCCCCAUCACCCAGAGUGAGCUGGCCACUGCCCUGGCCCUGGCCAGUACUCCAGAGAGCAGCUCUCACACACCAACUCCUGGCACCCAGGGCCAUUCUUCAGGUACCUCGCCAAUGUCCUCUGGUGUCCAGUCAGGAACGCCCAUCACCAGUGAUCUUUUUAGUCAAGCCCUCCAUCAUGCCAUGCAGGCCUCUGGGCAGCCCAGCCUUCAGAGCCAGUGGCAGCCUCAGCUGCAGCAUUUGCGUGACAUGGGCAUCCAGGAUGACGAACUGAGCCUCCGUGCCCUUCAGGCCACUGGAGGGGAUAUCCAAGCAGCCCUGGAGCUGAUCUUUGCUGGAGGAGCCCCAUGAACUUCUAGUACCUGAGUGCCUAGCAAGUUGCAGAGGCGAUUCCUAGAAGGAGACACUUGUGAAGUUGCCUCCAGCUUCCCCCACCCUCCCAAUAUAUCUGAUGGUCUACUC